CUUAGUUCAAUAAGCAACAUAUUUUUUAAUACUUUCAAAUAGUUAGGCGACGAAAUUUUUGGGGUUCGGAAAACCGUAUAAGCACAACAUGAAGGUUUACGGCUAUGCUAUUAUGCCUAAGAACGCAGGUAGAAAUAGCUUAGCCGUAAAGACCUUAGUGUUGUAAUCUCGUAACCGACCUAUAGAUAAUACUUGGUACAAAACCAAAACAAAAACACAAUGCACCUUGCGCGGCCAUUUUGAAUUCAUAAUUUUACCUGCAUACAAGUGUAUAAGUUCAGAACGAAUUCUAAUGUCCCAACCAGAGCAUCUCGAGUUUUGAUCGGAAACACAGCUAUACCUGCUAACCAACUAUUACGCGCUUUUUUCCACUACGCAUAUAUGUAUCUUAUAACAAUGGACCAAACUACAUUCGACAAUGAGCUGCGUGAAGCUUUUGAAAAAGUUCGCAUGCUUAAGGAAGCAAAAAACCGAGAAGAAUUUUGUAAAGUGGUGGACGCUAUAUAUUGCAAACGGCACGAGGCUUUCUUGCUAACAGAGUGCUCGUCCGAAGGAAUUCUAGAUGCACUGAUUUCGACAGUUAUAGAAAAGAAACUAACAUUACUCAAGAAUAUGGGGAUGUUAACGAGUGAAGAACUCAAGCAAAUCGAAACAGACGUGGCAGAAACAAAAAAGCGUAAAGCCGCACCGCAUGAUUAUAGUAGCUUUGAUGGUUAUUGUGAUCUGGUGCUUGCAGCACUAUCAGAUAAAUCGCCCAUUAUCUAUGUAGAAACAGAUUUGUCUCGUCGCUGCGAUGAUACACAUGCUGAGGAUCAACUAGAUGACGAUGAAAAUGAUAUGCUUAUAAUUGAUGAAUAUAUUCUGGAGGAACCUCAUGGAGAUGAUGAUGAUGUGAAUAGCAGCGCUGGUAGUGACCAGUUAGUGCCAACGGAGUUUUCGGAGUCAGAAAGCGUGAACACUGAUACAAUUGAAACUGUAAGAACAUUCGGUUCACCCGAAUCAGUUGCGGAGCUACAAGAGCUGGAUGAAAGCUUCGAGUUUAUUGUAAUUGGUCCGAAUGGCACACAGGUCUUAAAAUCAGAGUUCGACAAAAUACCUUGGGCUUCCGUGAGCAUCAGUACAAGAAGCCUACUAAGCAUACUAUUCAGUGAAGAUAUCUUGGCAACGCACACACUAAGCGGCAAACCAUCUCCAGCUUUUCUUGACCGCCAGCGACCGCUCAAAGGACAACUUGACAGCAACAAGGUAAAUGAUUUGAUACAUUGUGUGAUGCAGAAGAUGGGCUGCAUGGAGCGCGACAUACGCACUGUGAUCACCACGAAAUGCGCGGACAUCUCCAAGAAAUAUCGGAAAAGGAGUAUUAAAAUUAGCUAUAUUGACUUAACGACGGAUAAGUUUAUUUAGAAUUAAGUAUAAACUACGAUAUAUCGAAUAUAAAUAUAUAUAAACUUUUAUUUAUGUAAAUGAAAAAACUAAAAACUGAAGCGUCUCAUUUCAAAUUUAUUUAAGCUCUGCCAUUGACCGCGGCAGCCUUUUUGUGUUGCUGAAUUUGAUGGCAUAAAGAGUUCAGCAAAAUAAACAUUUGAUGAUCAA